CGGCUGCAGCUUCCUCUGAGAGAGUGAACCUGUGCGCAGGACAGGCUCAGAGUGAGCUGCUGGCGCUCACACUGCGGGUGUUUGCGCUGCUGUGCGGGUGUUUUGUUUUCUGUCGCUCUCUCAUUUUGAAGGUUAUGCAAGUUUGGAGCUUCUCUAUUGCUGAUGGCGCAUUAAGAGGACUUUGCAUUCACAUAAGAAACUUUUCAAUACCUGAAACUUGACGUUGGCCGUCAUGAAGAGACGUGACUUUAGUUUGCUCGGAUGUUUAAACUGUUGGACGCGGAACAGAAGCUGCUUUGUGCCUUUUUGAUUUAUGGGCUCAGUAUUCUUGUUGAUCAGACUUCGCUGAUCUUUAGCUGGUGAUCAUGGCUGGUGGAGGGACUGCGGAUCUGGCCCCAUCAGCUGUUGUCAAGAUCUUUUCAGCUGGAACAGCUGGCUGCGUGGCCGACCUGGUCACUUUCCCCCUGGACACAGCCAAAGUCAGGCUGCAGAUUCAAGGUGAAUCCAAAUCCCCGUUGGAUGGCCAGAGGGCGAGAUACAGAGGUGUGUUCGGCACCAUCUUCACCAUGGUGAAGACAGAGGGCCCGAGGAGUCUGUACAGCGGGCUGGUGGCAGGACUGCACAGACAGAUGAGCUUCGCCUCAGUCCGCAUCGGCCUGUACGACACCAUGAAGCAGUUCUACACCCGCGGCUCAGAGAAUGCAGGAAUUGGGAUUCGGCUGCUGGCGGGCUGCACCACAGGGGCAAUGGCGGUGACCCUCGCUCAGCCCACUGAUGUGGUGAAAGUCAGGUUCCAGGCUCAGGUCUGCCUGCCGGAGAGCGGCUCUGUGAAGAGGUACAGCAGCACGAUUGAGGCCUACAAGACCAUAGCCAGGGACGAGGGCAUUAAAGGGCUCUGGAAAGGUUGUCUGCCAAACAUAGCGCGAAAUUCCAUCGUAAACUGCUCCGAGCUGGUGACCUACGACAUCAUCAAAGAGCUCAUCCUGAAGCACAACCUGAUGACAGACAACGCGCCGUGUCACUUCACAGCGGCCUUCGCAGCAGGUUUCUGCACCACCAUCGUAGCGUCUCCGGUGGACGUGGUAAAAACACGCUACAUGAAUUCAGUGUCUGGCCAGUACAGCGGUGCUAUUAACUGUGCCCUCACCAUGCUGGUUAAAGAGGGACCCACAGCUUUUUAUAAGGGCUUCAUGCCGUCGUUUGUUCGUCUGGGUUCCUGGAACAUUGUGAUGUUUGUGAGCUACGAGCAGAUUAAAAGAGCUGUGGUUAAACUCCAGCUGUGAUCAGGCUCACAGCUGGUUUGGCGCUGGACUGAUGUUGCAGGACUGCGUGCAUCAAGCAGCACAUGCUUCACAGACAGUGUUAUGAUGACUGCUGCUGCUGGUUCAGACCUGCUCUUCCUCAGGGAUAGAACUGCAAAGUCUAGACUGGAUGUUUUCCAAUGUUCUUUUUCUUUUACAGAAGACAUUUUGACAUGACAGAGCAGGAACAGCACAGGUGUAAGUAAUGAAACUAAGAAGGCUGAAAUCCAUUUAGCUGCCUCACUGUCACACUCCUAUGACUUACUGGGACACUCGAACACAACAGAUCUAUUGUUAAUGUCAUUACUAACACCUGUGCUUUCCCUGCAAGUCAAAAUGUCUGCUGAGAAAAAGGUGUAUUUACAGAGUGAAAUCUGGUGUGGAUGGGCAUAUAUUUAUUUAUUUAGACCUUCACCAAGGUAGCAAUUAUGCUUCCUGGGGUCAACACAAGUGAGCGUCACGUCAUAAUGUAAAACAAUUAUGGAAUAAAAAAUCUUUGGUGAAAAGGGAAAACAAGACAGUGAAUCAACAAGAAAAAAAUGACUAAUGAUGAUAACAAUGAGUACCAACUCUGUAUGUGAAUAUUAAAUCUGUUGGAGAGGGAGGGCAGCCUCUUUCUCUUUCUUUACAGUAACUUUUUGUUCUUCUGGGUCGUCUUGUUUGGGUUUUGUAUUUCACGUCCGGUUUCAGGUGAAAAUUUGUCGCCCCCAUGAUCUUGUGAAAAAAUCUUUCUUUCAUAUGAAUUUUUAAGAAUCAGGGUCGCAAUUAUUUUUAAUAAUAAAAAAUAUUAACUUUCUUUAUGGUUUAAUAUUAUCCUGUUGUUGCUGUUGUUAAUAAUAACAAUAAUGAUAAACAUUGGGGUUUUAUUUUUUGUCUUUUGGUCUUUAAAUUUUCAGAAACUUGUGUGACACUCAGAUAUUCCAUUUUCUGUCCCGUAAGACUGGAAAUAGGGAAUGUUUGGCUUUUCUCUUUUUUUUUUGUUAUUUUCUGUCAGUUGACAAGUUUAUUUAUCAUCUUAUCAUUUCAUAUCUAUUAGGAAUGAGCCAAAGUCAAGUACAUUAUCCUAUAAAUACCACAGAUGUAUCUAAUAUGCAAUAUAUAUAUAUAUAUAUAUAUAUAUAUAUAUACAUAUAUAUGUAUAUAUACAUAUAUAUGUACAUAUAUACAGUAUUAAUUAAAUAAACUGAAAAUAUUCCUUAAUGCUUUUUGUCUAAAGUUGACAACCAACACCGACCCACAUUCAUUCACGAUGGGCCCCACCAAGUGUCACUCCAUACCUGCAGCACUACCGGAUGCUGUUAUAGAUACUCUACUGUAUAAUCCCCUUUACAUGUGACCCUUCAGGGGAACAAUGCAAAACAAAACCACCCUGAACUGUGAGAUACGAGUCAAUACUGACAGCCAAUGAAAAUGCUUUUUAGACAUGACUCAGGGUUUUUGUUUUUGUUUUUUGGUUUUUUUUAUCACAGCUAUGUUUGCAUUAAAAAAAUGAUUUUAGUGUGUUGUCAUAUUUUUUGAAUAUGGUCCAGUAUUGUGUGUUUUAUACAGAAAUUAAACAGAGUAGC